AUGGCCCCCGACCGGUCAGGAAAGAGCGUGUUCCUGGGGAACAUCCCCUACAAUCUCACCGAGGAGCAGGUCAAAGACAUCCUCAGCACAGCUGGCACCGUAACCAAGUUUCGCUUGAUGAUGAACCCGGAGACUGGAAAGCCCAAGGGAUAUGGAUUUGCAGACUUUGCCGACGCAGAUGCUGCGGCUUCCGCCGUGCGCAACUUGAAUGACUACGAAAUCAUGGGCCGCAAGAUUCGCGUCGACUGGCCGCACAACAACGAGAAAGACUCCAUCCCCGCCGAUUACUCUCAACAGACACAGCCAAUGGAGCAAGAUUCUGUACCACAAAUGCAACAAAUCCCUGGAGCAGCACCACUUCCUCCUUUACCCCCGGGUGUCGACGUUCCACCCCAUCUCGACUGUCCCAAUGCCAUCUCGCAAACCCUCGCCUCUCUCCCUCCCAACCAGCUCCUCGAUGUCCUCACACAAAUGAAGUCUCUGGCUGUCGCAGAUCCUGUUCGUGCCACGGAACUCCUGCGCCAAGCCCCUCAGCUUGCCUAUGCUAUUUUCCAGGCCCUACUGCUCAUGAACCUGGUUGACUACCAGCUUUUGGGAUCUCUCGUAGAGCAGACUCAAGCUGCUCCCCAGGCUGCUCCCCAGUACCAGCAAUACGGUAUGCCUGGCCAAGUCGGAACACCGCCUGUGGCUGGCGGUCCUUUUGCGCCUCCCCCUCCACAAGCUGCCGCCCCUCCCCCAGGUACCGGGCCAGGAUGA